AUGGGCCAAGCAUUACACUGCUGUGCUUGCAAAGAAGUUUUGAGUUUAGAUAAUAUAAAUAAUGAAGUGCGCAAAGGACUUUUCUCAAUACUUCAUAUUAAGUGCCAUAAAUGUGGAAUUCAAAAUGAGGUUAACACUGGCAAGAAAGUUGACUUAGAUGGCCACUGUUACACAAAUGUGAAUCUUCAAGCUGUCCUUGGUGCGAUGCACUCUGGUCUUGGAUGUACUGGUUUGAACAAAAUUCUUGCAUGCCUCAAUAUUCCAGUCAUAACAAUGGAUAUGUUCAAAAGAUAUGAAAGAAAAGUCGGAUUAGCCAUCGAAAAAGCAGCUGUAGAAAGUUGCCAAAAAGCAGCGUUAGAAGAAAGGCACCUUGUGAUAAAGAACACUCAAGAGCUUUGUGAUAAUUUGUAAGAAUUAUCAUUUUUUUUGUAUGAGAAUAUUUGUAAAUUUUAUAUGCACAUUUUUGAAUAUUCUUUUGGUUAAUUGAAUUAUAUAUUUAUACUGAAUUGUAGCUGCGAUUUAACUUUUCAAUUGUAUAUUGAAUUGUAUAUUAUUGCUUAAUUUAUAAUACAUCAAUAAUGGA